AUGAGAACUGAUGAAGAUCGGGUUCAACCUUUACAACCUUUAACGCUCAAAUUAAAACGUUCAGCAAGUGGAAUACAGAGGCUGGCGACUACAACUUUAACUCCACCUUUACAUAUAAAACCCUCGUCCACUUCUGCUUUUCCAACAACUUCUGCACUUAAAUCAACGGCAGGGACUUCGAAUAAUUGUUCACCUUCUAGUGUACAAGCAGCUCGAAAAAGUGUGCAAUCUACAGCAGAAUUGGUUGCCCAGAUUAGCGAACAAUUACAACAUUAUGGUACUAUUUUUGAUACAUCAACUUUGGCUUCUAAUAGUAAUAACAAUAUUAAAGAGACAAAUAAACAACAAUUACAUUUACAGAGAAAUGCCAAUUCAUUGUCUUCUUUGCCAGAAAAUGAUGUUGAAAUUGUUAGUGAAUCCACAGCUAAAAAGCGGCGUGGUAAAAUGUCUGAUCAAAUUCAAAACCACUCUCAAGACAUUGAGUUGUUGAAUGGCAGACAUAAAACAGGUGUUUGA